UCUCAACACCGCAUCCGCCUCAUGGUCAGUAUAUCAUUUUGGUGCUUUCUCUGCUUUCCCCAACACCUUUACUGUAACUAUACGUUUUCUAUCCACCAUGUUCUAAAAAGGCUCAGGAAUGGAUACCCGUACACAAUCUUGGACAUUCACAGUUAUUCGAAGCAAAGGUCUUCAUCUAUUACGGCCCGAAAGGUCCUGGAGACCUGUAGUUUCCAUCACUGUUGAAGAUAAAAACCCAGCAAGAUCCAGGACAACCGCUGCGCAAAGGAACACGAGCGAGUACGAGACGGUUCUUGGUCUCGAUGGCCAGAAUCCUAAUCAGAAAGAGGUCUUUGUAAUUGGACCCCACGCCUCGAACACGACAAAAUUAUCUAUUCAAGUAUUCUAUAAUCCACCUGGAAAGAAAAAGGCGAAACGAAUGAAACGGAUACCAGUAGCUUGCUGUUCGUGUUCGCUGGGAGAGGUGGUCGCUAAGCAAGAUGCGCAGGGGAAGAAACACGCCCCACUCAAACUUCAACCUCUGUCUUCAUCCAAGCGUAGCAAGAAGAAAAAUGAUGCCGAUUGCGGGCAAGCUGUGCUCUAUAUUCGGGUUUGUCCGCCUUCGUUCCAUGGCGAAGUUCGAGAGGACAUUUCUAGCGAGGAUGAAUAUGGUUAUACUUCGCAUCACCCAGAGACUACGGAUUAUACAUCCUCAGAACCACCCUCUUCUCCCACCGAUCCCGUACCUAUACAUAUCCCUAUCCCUAUACCCGCCAUAACGACCGGUAUUGACGUUCACACACAAGAGAGGAAACAGUUGAAGAAGAGAAAGAAGAUUCGCGGGUUCCGUAUGAACUCAGACGACGACAGAGACGAAACGUCAUCGGGUACAUGCUCAGAAUAUGAACCAGAAGACGCAGGGUAUGAUUCGACACUUGACAAGGCCGUCAAUUGGGACGAAGAUGAAGACGAAGACGGGGAAACGACUCUUAUUUCCCCAGAACCAAACCAAGACGAAGACAAAUGGGGAGGGGGUUGGUCAUGGAUAUCCGCAAUGUUGGACCCCAUCAUACCCAUGCAUCACUCGCACUCGUCAUCUUCCAGAGGAAGUGAACCGACGAUCAUAUGCAGGCCUGAUGAGGAUGAACUUUCACCUCGAUCUUCAUCCCCUCCGAACCAGAUAAAAUUCCAGCUCACUGCGUCUCCUGAACCUCACUUUGCUGAAUUGAAACCGUUUACGCCAGAUAAUGACCGAGACCUUGAUAAGAAUGCACACGAGCACCAAAGACGGGGGUACUUGUGGACGAAGCUCGAACGGCUACUGUGUGCGUUCACAGUAUAUGGCGAGCUAUGUGCCGCAGCGAGGGCGUUGGACUCGUUAGUUCAGUGGUCAAAGUUACAUCAUCGGUCAGAGUCACUUGGGCCGUCGUUAAGAUCAAACUCGUUCUCGUCAUUUAGAAGUUGGGGGUCUGGUGGUGGUACGCUCGUGGAGGGUGAUGUUGAGGGUGGCUUGUUCCGUGGUGGUGGUGGUGGUGGUGGUAGAUAUGGUGCGAAUCUGACGGUGAAUGACCAUCAUGAUGGAGGUUUCGAUGAUUUGGAGAGGCAAGCUCGGGAGAAAGUUGAGAAGGUGUAUUCGAAGUUGCAGAUGGAGUGGUCAUAUGUCGGUGGGUUGUUGGCUGCGCUUGCUGCUGUCAAUACAGCAGUCUUUGCCAUCUCUCCAGACUCCCUCUUCGGCAUGAACUCGUACGCGAGACCGUUAGUAGCCACCUCAUCCGUCUUUUCCGGAUGUGGAAUCGUCUGUGUUGUAUGGUUCUUGUGUUGGUAUGGAUGGGGGAGCGGUGUGGGUCUCGGCGGUAAUGCUACGGUUGCAGUCAGUGGUGGGUUGGGGGGUGUCGAUGGGUUUAUGGCACGCGCCCUAGAUAUCAACUCGACAUACGUUUCAUUCGCUAUCGCAUCUCGUAUACCAGCAGGAUGUAUGCUUUGCUCUGCUCUUACCCUCAUGGGUUUCUUAGGACUUGUUGCGUAUGACACUGCACCCGUCAUGGUGGUGAUUGUAUGCUCGGGGGUUGCAGUCGGGAUGGGAGGACAGUUUGUGGUGUGGGGGAUUAUUAGGGCUGUGAAGGGGGUUGCGUGGGGUGUGAGGGGUGUGGGUAGGGGUGUUAGAUGUGGUUGUGGGAAGGUUGUUGGUGUUUUCAGGCCAGGAGUAGGAGGAGAAAAUUCGACAUAUCCUGGGACGACAGCUUCUCCUUCGCCUGUAGUGGUGGUCCCUCCGCCACCGCCUGUGCUGGAUACUGGUAGAGGUUGAUUGUGAUGGUCGUUCCAGAUCUCGUUACCUGUGUGCUUUCUGUGUUGAAGUUUGUAAAGGAUUAACAUCUAAGCUGUCUAAUUGUAUUUUCAACAAGCAGUGAGUCUACCGUUCUGGUGGAAGAGGAUGCGGAACACUCUUUAUUAUGAGA